AUGGCAAACAUCGCAAAAAUUGAAUUCCCAGCUCUUAAUAUCACCAGAGAAAAUUAUAUGCCGUGGACAACACAUGUUAAGCGACAUCUCAAAUCAGUGGAUGUUUUGGAAACGAUAACGGAGGGGAAUAAAUGUAGCGAUCAAGACAAGGCAAAAGCCGAUGUCUUCCUCCACAAACACAUUGAUGAGAUGUUGCAAUUUGAAUAUUCAAAUUGUGAGGAUCCACACGUUUUGUGGGAAGAUUUAAAAAGCAGAUUUGAUCAUCAGAGGGAAGUUUUACUUCCCACUGCUAGAGAUGAAUGGAACAAUCUCAGGUUCCAAGAUUUUAAAAAGGUUAAUGAAUACACCUCUGUUUUGUUCAGAAUAUGCUCAACACUCCGAUUCUGUGGGCAAACUGUUACGGAGGAAGAUAUGUUUGAGAAAACUUUCUCCACAUUUCAUGCAUCAAAUAUAAACUUGCAACAACAAUAUCAGUUGCAAAGGUUUCAAAGAUAUUCUGAUCUAAAUUCAUUUCUACUCGUAGCAGAGAAAAACAAUGAGCUACUAAUGAAAAAUCAUUAA